AUGCGAAUAUCUCAAAAACUCAAAUACGACCCCAAUGAGAAUACACCUGAAGAACUAGCACUUUCCUAUAAAGAAGAUGGAAAUUUCAACUUUAAGCACAAGAAUUACCGACUUGCUGUGAUUGGAUACAGUGAAGGCAUUAAAGUAAGAUGUGGAAAUGCUGAGAUUGAAGCUAGUUUAUAUAAUAACCGCAGUGCGGCGCACUGGUACCUACAAAAUUACAGGUCUUCGUUGAGAGAUGCUGAGUCCGCAUUGAAAUACAACCCGAAUCAUGAAAAGGCCAUGCAGAGAGCGGCGAAUUGUUGCCUAAAAACACAGAAAUUCGAUGAUUGUAUCAAGUUUUGUGAUAGAAUGUUAGAUAAAAUAAAAAAUGCAGAUAUUUCUGAGGUUAGGAAACAAGCUGUCAAUGGUAAAAAAGCUGCUGAGCGUAAUGAGAGGAAAAAACAAGCGGAAAUUAGAAAGAAAACACAAGAAGAGAAUAUGUUAAUUGAUGAAUUGAGUAAAUUAGGUGUUAAAUUUAAUCGUAGUAAUUUAUCUUUACUACAACCACAAUUCGCGGAAUUGGAAAUGCAUCGUGUGCAUCUUAAUAAAGACAAAAUAACCAUCUGGCCUGUGGUGUUCAUGUAUCCAGAGCAUAAAACCAUGGAUUUCGUUCAGCAAUUCCCCUGUAAUUCAACGUUCCAAGAACAAUUAGAGAUUGUUUUUGAUGAGAGACCAGCCUGGGAUCAAAAUGGCGAGUACAAAAUUGAGAAUUUGAAUGUUUACUAUGAGUAUGACGCGAAGAAACGUGUGAAACGCGUUGGGAAGCAGCAAAGUUUGAGUGAAAUCUUACAACAGCCAAGUUUUGUGCUGACUGCAGGAACACCUUGCUUUCUCAUCACUGUGAAUGGUAGUGAAGCUGAAAAACAAUUUUUAUCUAGUUAUUAAUUGUUAUUAAUCAAUAAUUUGAAAAUAAAGCAUGUUACAGCAAAAAA